GAAGAAAGUGGGGCGAUAAGCAAAGCCACGCAGGCAAAACCUGCAGUAGUGUCGAGGAAGUCACAGGCUAAACUCGGCGUGUGCCUGAAGUGUGUUAAUAAAAAGGCGCAAAUAAGAGCUCUUCAGAAGCAAAACGUGAGGUUACGUUCGCAGAGGGAAAAAUGGAAAAAAGCAGCAAGGGGAGUACCACUGAGUGUCAGUAUUUAUUUAGUUCUACUAAAAAUACCCACCGAAAUGAAUUAGCCCCUGUCAAGUGGUUUCGGACCUUUUUGGUUUUUCAGGUGACAGUUCUUUUUUCUCAACCUUUUUUGGUAGUGAGACUGCAGUAGCGAGGAAGAAGACGAAGCAGAAGAGAGUAUUGAGGAAGUAGAAGGACUCACAGGGGAGGAAGAUAUGGAUUGUUUCGAAGAACCUGGCCUUGCCAGAUGGAGGAGAAAGGGGAGGACGAUAUCGGUGCUGAUGAUGUGGAAACUAACCAUCAAUCUACCAGCAACAUCAGGCAAGAUCCAACGAGUUUUAAAAUAUUCUUGUUAUUGUUCCUAUUAAAGUUUGUUUUAAAUUUUUUUAGUAAGCUUAUGUAUUUCACGUUUUUGGUGCAAUAGUUAAUCUAUAAACUCACAACGUUGUUCAGAAAUGUAAUGGCAAAGUUUCAUCUUUACACAAUGUACAAGCUCGUUCAAAAAUCCUUAUAAAAUUUCUCAUAAUAAAUCAAGGUGCUAAUAGGCAGGCUAUUGCCAUCAAAAAAGUUGUUGGGGAAUUAAUUACGUGGUGAUGCCUGACCCCUGGGCCAAGGAAGAUCUGCAGAGAGGCUAAAGUUGGUUCUAAUUAUUCAAGCUAAGUUUUCUACAUGUAAGAGCAUAUUUUGCUAAUUUACCCCCAAAGAAUAACAGAAGCAAAUGCUUAUACUUUUUAUGGUUUUAAAUUAUUCUUUGCAUCUUUUGCAGCUUCAAAGUUCUCUUUUGCUCUUUAAUCCCGAGCGAUUUAGAAUUUGAAGCACUGCAGGUAGCUAAGCAAAUCUUAAUGCCUCAAAUUUUGGAUUAUUUUCUAGUGUUGAGAAAGACAUCCCUUGUGGACAAGAGCCUAAAUUUAUUGUGUUCUACACACAACUUCUGGCCCUAUUCUCACUGAUUUGCUUCAAGUGUGGAGGAGAAGCACCAAAGGUCUCUAAGCAAAAAAAUGGGACAAUGGUUACUGUCAGACAAUGUUGUGAAAACUGUGGACCUAAUGCCUUCAUGUGGAGAUUCCAGCCCUUAGUGCUUGGAAGGUAUCCAGCAGGGAAUAUAUUGCUACGCUUUGCCAUUCUCAUGGCAGGUGCAUCUGUCAGCAAAGUGCUCCUUGUACUCAAACACCUGGGUAUCUGUAUAUACUGUGCACGAACAUACUUUGCACUCCGGAGCAAAUUCCUAUUUCCGGCUAUUUUGACUCACUGUGAA